CACCAGCGUGUCCGACGGCAAUGAUAACAAGCCCCAGCCAGUGGGUGGUGGCCCGGGCCAGCUGAGUGGUGGGGGUGGGACCCACCAGAACCACCAGAACACACAGCUCCUCUUGACACCCGCCAGCAUCCAGCUWGCCCAGCUCCAGGCCCAGCUCACCUUCCACCGCCUUAAACUGGCCCAGAGUGCUGUGGGGGGCAACGCAAACUCUGCAAACGUAGCCAGCAUCCUCAAUCAGGUCCUCGCCAAUGUGGCCAUGUCCCAGCCCCUCUUCAACCAGCUCCGCGCCUCGGCCAUGGUCAGUAAUCCCCAAGCAGUUGGUGGUGGUUUCCACUCCAGUGCCCUAGCCUUCCAACUGCCUCCACCACCGCCGCCACCACCGCCACCCCCCAACUCUGCCCUGGGGACUUUGGUAGGGGCCGGAUUCAACCAGAAUCAUGGUAAUGUGAGGCUGAACCAUUACGGAGGUGGGGGUGUUUCUGGGAACCAACAGCAGCAGCAACAGGCCAACCAGCAUGGUGGAUCAGACUACGGCAAGAAAGCUUCAGAUACGGAUAGGCGUCUCCAGUAUGGCUUCAUAGGGGGGACGUCGGUGGCGUUGAGUGAAGCCGGAGAGGGACAAGGACAGUACGUGCCGAUCAUGACUCAGGCAAAGAGUACAAACCAAGGCUUUCAGAUUGACUUCUAUGGUCAGAGUCAACAACAACAGGCUGGGUUCGGUGUUGGGAAUCAAUACAAUCAGAACAAGAACGCUUUAAAUGAGCAGCAGUGGAAAAGCCCAGCUAACAUGAGCCACGCGGGAAAAGGGUUGGACAUGGUUUCAAAUACUGCCACAGUAUGGAUGGGGACUGGGCAGCCAUUCUGUGCCAGAGAGGAACUGUACAAUCCAGAGGAGCCAACCUCUGACCCCAAGUUAAAUUCCGGCGGUGGGGGAGUUACUUCCUCGUUCGGAGCAGGCAUGGGUGGCACCAAGGGGUUUGUGGGAUACCACAAGCAGCCCCUGCAGGGGGGAGAGGAGACCCUGUCUACAGGUGGUUCCGUACAACUCCAACCUCACCAGCUGAAUGACUUCCACGCCGUGACGCCAUCCCACCUGCCCCACCAGUGCACCAUCUGUGAGAAGAAGGUCUAUAACCUCAAGGACUGGGACCAGCACGUGAAAGGUAAACUACACCUGCAGAACCGCUUGCUGUACUCUGAAGGUGCUACAAUCACAGCCGGAGCCGUCCACUACGGUCCCGCCGGGUCGUCUGAAGGAUGCCUAAACAACGUCGGAGUGAAUAACUCCAUGGCUUACUCUUCCACCGCCAAUCAAGGUAGGUUGGAGUGUGUGUCUGRGUCUCAAAGACUUCGGCCAUUUCCACCCAGGAAAUCAAUCACAGGACGGGUCGUCCACAUCUGCACCCCCGAGGGCAGCUGCACAGAGAAUGUCAUCAACCUGGGACUGCCUUUCGGGAAAGUCACCAACUACAUCCUCAUGCGCUCUACCCACCAGGCGUUUGUGGAGAUGGCGUACAUCGAGGCGGCCCAGGCUAUGGUUCAAUACUACCAGCUGACUCCAGCCACGAUCAACGAUCAGCAACUACUGAUCAGGAUGUCCAAGAGAUACAAGGAGCUUCAGCUCAAGAAACCAGGUAAAGACGUUGAUUCAAUCAUCCAGGAUAUCAACUCUCUGAGGGAAAGGGACGAGAUGCAGGAGACUGAUCACUACAUGCCAGAGAGAGCGCGGUCCCGUAGUCCCAUCAGCCGCUCUUUGAGCCCUCGCUCCCACAGCCCCAGCUUUACCUCCUGUAGUUCAGCCCACAGCCGGCAGGGGACACCCUGCCGAGGAGGCCCAGAACAGGGCUCCUGGACCGCCAAACACAUGAGAAGGGGGGAUGAGGACAGAGAACGAGAGAGGGAAAGGGAGGAGGUGCCAUGGAGGAACGGAGGGACAGUGGAUGAUGACAGGCUGAACGGGAGGAUGCAGGAUCGACGGAACAAGCCAUACCUGAAACCCUCAGACCGAGACCGGAUCAGUCCCAGAUCAGCGGACGAAAGAGGAGGAGGAAGAGGGGAGGGGAUGAGGGGGGGGAACAGGGGGGAGACUGGCCACAGUACCAGAGACAUGAGGAGGGGAGAGUCAAGUCAAAGAGGUGGGCGGGAUGGAGGAGACUACCACAGAUCCAGACACUCAGAGUCAGAGCUGGGAGAGGAGUCUCUACCCACCAGGACAGGAGAAGACAGAAGACAGAGAGUGUCCCCGACAUGGGGAAGGAGCAAGAAACCYACCAUGAGACACGGGACGGAGAAACCGGAAAUAGAGAUUACUGAAAAUAACGGAGAAACCGCUGAGGAUCAGCGAUCCAAAGAGAAGUCUGUUUCUCCUCAACGAAGUGGCAAGCAUGAGAGAGAAAAAGACAGCGAGGCGGAGGAGUGGGAGAGUGGGGACGACACGGAGGGUGAGUGCUGGUACCCCAAGAACAUGGAGGAGCUGGUCACAGUGGACGAGGUAGGAGAGGACGACUCCAUCAUCGAACCGRACCUCCCUGAGCUGCAGGAGCACGAGGACGUGUCAGCCUCAGACCUCCACAAGGAUCCUACGGAGGAGGAGGAGGGGGAGGCUCCACGAUCAACCUCCACCCUCAGUCCCAGGCCCUGCUCUGAGAAGGAGUUAGCCCAGAGAGAGGAUACCGAGUUGGGCAGAGGAGGUGGGGUAGGUGGGGUGUUGGAUCCUACACCUACAGAGGAGAAAGAUGGGGAGAUUAGCACAAACCCCAGCCCCACAGACCAGCCACUGCCACUGCAACUGCCACAGCCACAGCCACWGCCACWGCCACWRCCACAGCUACAGUCACAGUCACAGCCACUGCCACAGCCACAGCUACAGUCACAGUCACAGCCACWGCCACAGCUACAGUCACAGCCACAGCCACAGCAACAGCCACCCAUCCCAGCAGCCUCAGAACAGCUCAGUUCAGAUCUGGAUGAUUUCCCCAACCCGGAGUUCAAGGCAGCCCUGGAAGAGACGUGUUUGAACUUGGAAGCUGAAGUACUGAAGAGAGGAGCGCCGACGCAGGAGCUGGCGCUAACCAAUCACGCUGGUGCGUGUGAAAGCAGCAAGACCCAGGAUGUAAUACACAAGAUGGAGGACGUGGGGAGGGAAGUAACGGUCAUGGAGCCAGACAUACAGCAGCACAAGGCUGAGACUCCUAGAGUCAUCCAGAAUUCAACACAUGUCCCACGUCCUAUAAACCUGAUAGACAUAGGGGCUCCCUCACCUUCUAGAGGGCAUGAGAAGAUUAUCGGUGAACACAGCAUCCCUCUGGGAGUUCUAAGGGGAGUUCAGCGUGCCAGUACGGGGUUCUACUGUAAGCUGUGUGGCCUGCUUCACACCAGGGAGACAGCCAAGAUCUCUCACUGUCGCAGUACUGUCCACUACAGGAACCGUCAGGUACAGCAACACAUUACUAUUAACAUAGUCAUUCUAUUAGACAUGGUAUGA